AUGGAGCUUGCCAAAACCCUAGUCAUCAUCGAAAAGACUCCCAAAUCAUCUGCACUACCGCCCACUGCGGUGCCAUUUGGGAAAUGGGCAGUUGAUAGCUGGAAAUCCAAGAAGGCUUUGCAAAUUUUGAGUACCCAGAUGAAAAUGAGCUUGAAUAUGUGGUUAAGACCAUUGAGGUCUUCCCUCCAAUCAUUUUUGCCCGUGAGGUGGGAAGAAUGGCGGGUUAGUUCGCCAAGCCGAGAUCAGAUCCAUUGGAGGAGAAGAAUGGAGUGA